ACUUGUCAAUGUUUGCAAAAUAAUUAACAGAUGUUUAUUCAAUUCAAUUGUUUAUCCAAGUCUUUAUCUCGACCUCAAAUUUAUUUUUUUUUUUCUGUUUAAAUUUUACAAAUAAUAUAAAUUAAUUCACAAAAACAAAAAAAAAACAAAAACAAACUGCAGGAUUUUUUUAAGAACAAAUUAUUGUGAAUUUUUAAUUUUUAAUAUUUUAAUAAUAUUACUCAUAAAUAAUAAUAUUUAAAUAAAAUAAAACAGCAAUACAUUGGUUGUAAAAAAUAUUUUUUUUUUUUAUUACAAACUGUGAGGAAAAACUGGGUAUAAAAAAAGGAAGUGAAAAAAAUUUAUCCUCAGUUCGGUUUCAACAGACUCAAGAAUAUAUUUUAAUUUUUUUUCUGGUUAAUUAAAUAAUAUAAAAAUGCGUUUUAAAGCAGCAAUGAUUGUUGUAUUAUUUUUUCUUCUUGGACUAAGCAUGGCAUCUUCAUCAAUCCAAGUCCAGCCAUGGGGUAAAAUUGAUAAUCAACAAGUUAAACUUUACACAUUGAAAAAUGACAAAGGCCAAGAAGUUGAUGUAUUAAAUUAUGGUGCAACAAUAAGAGCCAUAAGAACACAAGAUAAACAUGGAAAACUUGAAGAUGUUGUUCUUGGUUUUGACAAUAUAGAAGGAUAUCUUGGCAAGGAUAAUGCUUAUUUUGGUGCAACUGUUGGAAGAGUGGCAAAUCGUAUAGGAAAUGGAGAAUUCCACUUGGAUAAUGUUGAUUAUGUUGUAUCAAGAAAUAUUGGUAAUGAUACACUUCAUGGAGGAUUCAAAGGAUGGAAUUCAAAAAUUUGGGAAUCAGUUGUGCGUAAUAAUUCACUGGUAAUGACUCUACUCAGUGAUGACAAUGAUGAAGGCUUUCCAGGUGCUGUUAUUGCAACAGCAAUAUUUAAAUUGACCAACAAAGGUGAACUUGUUAUCGAAAUGAAAGCUUGCACAACAAAAGCAACCCCAAUUAAUCUAACCAAUCAUAGUUAUUUUAAUCUUGCUGGUCAGGGUACAAAUUCAGCUGAACUUUAUAAACAUUCAAUAAUGAUCAAUGCAAAUUCUUGGACAGUCACAAAUGCUGAUAGUAUUCCAACUGGUGAAAUACGUUCUGUUGAAAAAAGCAUAAUGGAUUUGAGAAAAUCUACAACAAUUGGUGAUGUUAUUGAUAAAGUACCAGGUGGUGGUUAUGAUUACAAUUAUUGCUUACCAAAAAAUAAUGAUAAAACAUUAGAAGAAAUAUUUGUUGCAUCUGUUAUUCAUCCAGGAUCAGGAAGAACAUUAGAUGUUUAUUCUAAUCAACCUGGUGUACAAUUUUAUACUGCUAAUCAUUUACCAGAUUAUAAUACAACUGGUAUUAUUGGAAAAAAUGGAGCACGUUAUUUUAAACAUGGUGCUUUAUGUUUGGAAACACAAAAUUAUCCAGAUGCUGUUAAUCACGAUAAUUUUCCAAAUAGUAUUGUAAGACCUGGUGAUAUUUAUCAUCACAUUGUUACAUAUAAAUUUGGAGUUGAAAUAUAAUUAUUACUGGAUGUCAUCAAUGAUUUAUCAAAAGAAAUGCAAUCGAUUUUUGAUUAUUAAUUAUGGUUAAAUAUUAUCAUAUAAAUAAAUAAUAUUUUCACUUGUAUUAUUAUACUGUUAUUAUUUUAUUUUUAUAUUUACAUAUCACUCAUUUUACAUUUUAGAUACAUUGUUAUAAUGUUGAAUAACAAAACAAAAUAAAUUAGAUAUAUCUAAAUGAAAAACUA